AUGAGUCUGGAUGAUGCAGAAGGGGUGAUUUCCCCUGAAGAGAUGCAGACAAUAAAACAGUCACUGGAGAAUGAGAGCUUAAAUUCAGCUGCUGAGAAGAUCCAGAAAUAUUUUGAUCAGCUGGAUAAAACGGUUCUGAACAUGGCUGUCACUGGGGUAUCAGGCAAGGGGAAGUCCACCUUCAUCAACACCAUCAGGGGCUUGGGGGAUGAAGAGGAGGCUUCAGCCCCUACUGGGGAGACUGAGACCACCAUGGACGCCACCCCAUACUCCCAUCCAAAGUUCCCCAAUAUCAAACUGUGGGACCUCCCGGGAAUUGGAACAGAAAAGUUCAGACCGGAUCAGUACCUGGAGCAGGUGGGAUUCCAACGCUACGACUUCUUCAUCAUCAUCUCAUCCGAGCGCUUCACCUGUAAUGAUGCAAACCUGGCUAGAGAAAUCCACAAGAUGGGGAAGCAUUUCUACUUCGCUCGCUCCAAGGUUGAUGAGAGUUUGCGCGCUAAGGCGGUGAGAAAGAACGACUACAAUGAGACAUCUACCCUAAAGCUGAUCCGAGAGGACUGCAUCACAGGCCUGCAGAAACUUGGUGUGGAGUCUCCCAGAGUGUUCCUGAUCUCCAGCUUUGAUCCAGAGAAGUACGACUUCACCCUCCUGCAGGAGGAGAUGGAGAAGGAUCUUCCACAAGAAAAGAGGCACGUCUUCCUGCUGGCUCUGCCUAAUAUCACCGAAAGUGUCUACCAGAAGAAGAAAAAGGCUCUCCAGUCAGACAUAUGGAGGGUGGCUCUGCUCUCUGGUGCGGCGGCAGCAGUCCCCAUUACAGGGCUGGGCUUUGCAGUAGAUGUGAAAGUCCUGAAGAGAGAGAUAUCCAAGUACUACAGAGCUUUCGGCCUGGACAAGGCCUCUCUCAGAAGCCUUGCAGAUCGAGUGAAGGUGCCUGUGGAGGAGCUGAGAAAAGUCACCAAGUCUGGUAUUAAGGAAGACCUAACGGAUGAAAUUGUCAUUAAGAUGCUGACCAAAGUGGCAGGGGGAGGGCUCAUGGCAUCCAAAGGCGUAGCCAGCAUGUUGCCCCUGUUCGGCUCCCUGGCCUCCGGAGGGAUCGCAUUCUGCACCUCCUACUGUGUGCUGAAGUCGUGCUUGGAAGAGCUAGCCGAGGAUGCUAACCUCGUGCUGCUGAGGGCCUUUCCAAACGAGGCCCCUAAAGGGAAGUGUGUGUAA